UCUCUCUCUCUCUCACACACACACACACACACACACACACACACACACAAACCCCAUAAGAGGAAUAUCACUUUGUCUUUGCUGAGUAAAGGAAUAAUAGACGGAAGUCAAAAUGCGACAGAAUUUCUAUCUGCUUUUUGCAAUAUUGGUGAUUGCUCUGCUUGGGUUUGUUUACUUCAAUGACGUUUUCUCCUGGCUCAGAUUUAAAUACAACCAGCCAUCUGUGAGUAAUAGCCGGCCAGACGUGACCACACUGACCCCAUGGUUAGCUCCAAUCGUAUGGGAAGGAACGUUUGAUCUGUCUGUGAUUGACAGCAUUUACUCACAAAAGAAUAUCACCGUGGCAACCACAGUCUUCGCACUGGGGAAGUAUGUCCGUUUCCUGAGGGAAUUCCUGGAGUCAGCGGAGCAGCACUUCAUGGUUGGUUACCGUGUUCAUUAUUACCUGUUUACAGAUCGCCCGGAUGAGGUUCCUAUGGUAACAUUGCGGCCGGGUCGUCAGUUGACCAAGAUAAAAACACCAAGCUCAAGCCGGUGGCAGGAAAUUACACUGCGUAGGAUGGAGAUGAUUGAAAAGCUCAUUGAGGAACGUCGUGUCAUUGAGGCUGACUACAUCUUCAGCCUGGAUGUUGACACUAAAUUCUAUGGCCACUGGGGGGCAGAGACUUUGGCUGAUAUAGUUGCCGUUCUCCACCCUGGGUAUUUCGGAACUCCACGGACAGCAUUCCCAUAUGAGAGACGUCCCAAAUCUGUGGCCUUCAUCCCACCAGAGGAGGGAGACUACUACUACGGAGGAGCCGUGAUUGGAGGACGCAUUGGCAAUGUACACAAGCUGACAAAGACAUGCCGCAUACAGCUGGACGUUGACCGAGCCAAUAAGAUUGAAGCAGCUUGGCAGGAGGAGUCUCACCUGAACAAGUACUUCCUGUACAACAAACCCAGCAAAGUGCUCUCACCUGAGUACCUGUGGCAGGACAUCAAAUGGAAAACCAGCAACAUGAAAGUGAUACGCUUCUCACAGGUGAUCAAGAACUUCGCCGAGGUUCGACCCAAUCCUUAACGCACACCAGCUCAAAAAGAAUUAAAUAAUUAAUUAGGUUGUUACACAACGAAACAAACAUCCUCAAAUCUCCUCUUAUGGCUUUCCUGUUAACAUAAAGGAAUUAAACAGAUAAACUGUUACACAUUAAAAUAAACUCUGCUUUGCUAACAUGCAUAUUUAUGUAUCAUAUUUUACUAAGUGUAAUUUAACCAAAGAAGACAACUCUUUCUGAAGAACAUCCUGAAAAGAGAAAACUAUCAACUUCACACCUCA